AUGCCCCUCCUCCUGCCUGUUGCUUCCUCCAUUCUUUCGAUGUCGAACCUUCACCAUUUUCAUAUUAGACGAAGUCUCGAUUCCUUCGCCAGUUUUUUGCGCCAUUCUUCCCAAAUCCAAAAUCUCAAAGCCAUUAAGAAGCUUCACGCCCAACUGCUUAGAACCCACUUCCAAUUUUCCUCCCCAGAUCUUCACUCUAAGCUUAUACUAUCCUACUCCCAAAUCGUCCCCAAUUUUGAUGCGCAAAGCUUAAGCAGCUUCUUCAAAUGCAUAAUUCCCAGAAGUUCUUUAACCUUCAACGUAAUGAUUUCUGACUUUUAUCGACAUGGGUUUCCAGAUUUUUCGUUAAUAGCGUUGUCUUUCAUGCAUUCCAAUGGGGUUCCUAUCGAUACGUAUGCCCUCUGCAGCUCUUUGAGUGCUUGUUCUCUUGUUCAGAAUGCGGUGUAUGGACAACAGAUGCACGCCUUCGUGGGGAAAUCAGGUUGGUUAUGUAGUGUUUUUGUGGGGAGUGCGAUUGUCGAUAUGUAUGCAAAAAAUUCGCUGAUUAAUGAUGCAGUUAAAGUGUUCGAUGAAAUUCCUGUGAAGAAUACGGUGUGCGCAAAUGCACUAUUGGCUGGAUACGGCGACGCUGGCAUGUGGAUUGAUGGACUUGAAUUGCUACGGAAGAUGCACGUUUUGAAUUUGAAGUAUGACCAGUUCACUCUAUCAGCUUCUUUACGUGCGUGCACUGGUUUAUCUGCAAUUGCUUUAGGUAAGCAAGUGCAUGCUUAUCUACUACGAACGGUUUAUGAUAUUUCGAGUGAUGUUCAUCUUCAAAGCACAUUAAUUGAAAUGUAUGGGAAGAGUGGUAUGGUGGAAAAAGCAUGGAAUGUGUUCGUUUUCGCAGGACUUGGACACAAAGAAGAUGGGAAAAGGGAUAUUAUAAUGUGGACUUCUAUGCUUAGUGCAUAUGGUAGAAACGGAUGUUACAUAAGAGUAAUUGAAUUGUACAACCAGAUGUUGAUGGAAGGGAUCAAACCAGAUAGGGUGGCUUUUGUGACAGUGAUAUCAGCUUGUGGUCACACUGGUCAGGUGAAUCUUGGAGUCAAAUAUUUUGACUCCAUGCAGAGUGUUUUUGGGUUGGAACCUGGUCAAGAGCACUAUAGUUGUUUGGUUGACUUGCUCUGUAGAGCUGGGGAAUUGGAUAAAGCAUGGAAGCUCGUAAGUGAUAUCAAAAGUAGCGAUCACAACGUACCUCUAUGGGGAGCUUUACUCCGAGCUUGCUUGGAACAUGGAAAUAUUAAGUUGGGUAAUUUGGCAGCUCGUAUGGCACUUGAACUGGAUCCUACGAACGCUGGGAUAUUCGUUAUGCUAUCAAAUCUGUAUGCUGGUUUUGGCUUGUGGAAUGAGAUAGAGCAUUUGAGGGAAUUUGUGAGAAGGGAAGGGUUGUAUAAAGGUGUUGGAUGUAGCUGGAUAGAGACCACAAGUUGAGCAUUUCUCAAAUAACCUUACGUAAAUGUUGAACUGCUCUUUAGAGAGUGUGGGGGGUCUCUUCUCAUUGAGCCCGCUUGGAUAUUUGGGUUGGGUCAAGCCAGUUCGUAAAGAAGCUAGUUCGGGAUUGAUUGCUUAUUGAAAACGAACCCCCACUGAAAAAAGAAAUUCGAUUAGGCCUUAGCUUAGGUGCCCAUUCCUAAAGCCAUGAGAAUUGGUCAGAAAAACGUUAUAAUAAGGAAUCGGAGGAGGAUUCGACGAUUUUUUCCAGUAGCUUUGUUUUAUGGGAAAUGGUUUAUUGUGAGGUGCUAUGAUGAAAAUUGUUUCAUUGAGCCUUAGAGAGUAGCUUGUAUCAUUGUUAUCCGGCCUCACUGCUCAAUUGUCAUGCUAUGUAACAUAAAGAGAGUUCUGAACUUUAGUGAGCAAAAUAAGAGGGUGAAAGUACAAGUUGUCAGAUCAUUCAUUAGAUCUAUGGAUCUCCCUCUACCUAGUUCAGUACUUGUAUAACUCUCGCUGCCGCCACCAUCUGCUUUAUAUUUUUUGUAACUUCCUUAGUUCCCAUAUGUACAAAGAUGCUUCCCAGUCAUGUUAACUGGCUAGUCAAACACAUACCCUCCCUUCUUUCUCAUAAAGCACGUAUUCUUGGCAUUUUGCCAAUUCAAUCAUCAAAUUACCUGCGGCCUUGGCUCUCCUCCCCCUGUCCUCGCCAGGUACGAAUCUCCACUAUAGUAUGAUAUUAUCCACUUUGAGCAUAAGCUCUCAUGGCUUUGCUUUGGGCUUCCCCAAAAGGCCUCAUACCAAUGGAGAUGUAUUCCUUACUUACAAAACCAUUAUCAUUCCCCAAAUUAGCCAAUGUGGGACUCCCUCCCAACAAUCCCCAACAUACCUUGCUAUCUAUAGUUUUGCAUUUCAACUUUUACCAUGCAACAAAGUAAAUGAGAAUAUUACGUCAAUGCCGGGCCAGUUAGAGGACGCUGUGAAAAAAAAACAGAACAGUGCUAACAAAGAUUAUAUCUCAGGCCAGGUACAGGUACAGGUACUUAUGAACUUGUUUUUAGAUAAUUUAUACAGCUUGCAGCACUUAACAUGGGUCAGGCUGAAUUUUUCCCUUUCAUUAAUAGUAGUUGUAUUUGUCCAUUUUGAGAUCCUGAAUGAUAUGCACUCCUAACAAAUGUUUGUACCGUUGGACUUAGCAAAUGUCUGGUCCCUUCAAUCUGAUCCCCAUCUCAUCCAUUAGCAUCACUGCUUUCUUCAGUAUGCUGAAUUGCUUAUAGC